UUUGAUUCUUGCGAAAUUGCCAAUCAAUAUGCGUUUUCGAGCAAGGAUGGUAGACAUCAAUUCCAUACAGCAUUUCACACGUAAGUCAUAAGAUUACAUCAUAAUUCGUUUUCUUCAGCAAAGCGAAAUAGAAAGCCGCAUCGUAUGACAGAGAUUGCAGAAUGGAUGCAGUGUAGUGCUUUGUUGAAUUGAAGGGAGGUACUAUCUUAAAUCGGUUUGUUUGUCCAUUUUGAGGAUGAAUCUCGCUAAUGUUAUAGAGAACAGUCCCUCUAUCUCAGAGCCACUCUCAAACGAUCAGCUGACUAUACGAUCACAUUUUUUCAGCCUUGUUACACUCAAAGUAUUGACACUUUCUCACACCUUUUGUAAAAUUUACGUACUUCGUUCUUUAAAACGUGUUUACAAGUCAAGAGAACGUUUAUUAAAUGUAUUUCCAUAUCAUUUCAUGUUGACAAUGUAGGUGUCUUAGGCACGGUAUCCCAUAUGGCCAAGACGUGUGCCUUGCGAAUGACCCCGACAAAACUUUAUUUCAUCCUGGCUGACAAUGCUGCACUGGGGGGAGUGUCCAUUUGGUGUGAAUUGAUACAGGUCUGUUAAAUCUGAUGAUACUAUUUUGAUAUUGUAAGGAGAAAUGACUGAUUAAUCAAUUCUGGGUUUGAAAAUUCUAAUUAGAUUCAUGGCUUAGAGGCCUUGGCAUCACACUCCCACUCAGGACCCAGUUUUUUGAAGGCUGAUUAGCACUAACCAAGGGUUAUAUUUGAUCCAGUCUGCUUUAUUUCUUUUUUCCAAAGCCUUUUAGGGAAAAAUUUCCCUAGUCUUGUUAUAACAUCCAGUGACUAAAUUGCAAGCAACAAGAUUUGAACUGAAUUUAUUUUAAAGCUUUCAGACCUGGAAUCAAAUUUCACUCUAACCCUGGGUUAUCUUGACCCAGCUUUGAACAACUCGGGUCACAUUUCCCAUCAGUACCCCUCCUGGGUAGGAUUUCAUUGUCCUUGUGCAAUGUACCCACCCACUCCACCCAAGUAAUUUACAAAGUGCCAACCCCAGCAUAAUGUUCUCUGAUGGUAAUUACCUAUUUGAAAACAAUUUCUGUGAAACUGGAUCCUUAAGAUAUAUAGAUGUCUGCUUUAGUCAUUACAACAUGCAUUGAUUUCUUUAUUUCAGAGCAACUUUUUUGAGGAGUAUCGCAUUGAAGGAAAGGAGGAGAGCAACAAUAUUUACCUUGAAUUGAUACCAGAAAACCUGAUGCGAGCCAUGAAAUCAGCCAGCAGUGCACAAGCCGUCAAAAUAAAACUUACUAAAAAACACGCACCAUGUUUAACUUUUGAGAUUACAUUGGUAAGUGAAGCUGCUUUGAUAGUAUUGUAUGAAAACUGAAAUUGUUUGAACUGUGUUUAAUGCAGAAAUUUCUCACCUUUUCAUUUCCAGGAAUUGCUGAAAAUGAAUUUUCUUUCCCUUUUUACAAUGUCAAUAUAUUUAAAAAAAAUGUAUUGUACCACAGUUGGCAGUAAUGACACAAUCUGAUUGGCCAGUUGCCACUGUCAAUAGGAGUGCAGACAAUGCUGCUCGUGUCAACGUUUCAUGCAAUGCCUUUAUCGGCUCUCAAACAUGGAUGAUUUGGAAAUUUUGACAUUGAUAUGGUGAUAAAAAAUCAUGUGAUGAUCAUUAUCGUUGGUUUAGCACCAGACCUCAUUUUAAAAAAGAGGCCAAAAGUAAUUCAGAAAUGGCCUAUUGAUAUAAUGGUAGAUUGAGUUCUUAACUUGUGACUGAAAUUCUUUGGGCAGCCAUCCCUCACGAGUCACACAAGAAGUGUAGUGCAUGAUGUACCAGUAGGAGUCAUACCUGAGAGAGACUGGGACGAUUAUAAGGAACCUGCUAUGCCUGAAUUUGAUGUAAGUGCUGUUUCAAUCCUAACUUCCUUGCCCUUUUUAAGACUUUUUGUGGUAGGUUAUCUACUGGGGUAGAAUCAUUGGCUUCAUUGUCAGCUGAAAAGGCAAGGUUAAGUCUGUACUUGAGCUUAAUGGCCCACUCAGUGGCAGCUUAUCCCAGUUUCCUAGAUGCAAACUGAUUAGGAGUAUUACCACUUCCCCUGGAUGGGAUGCCAGUCCAUUGCAAGAUAACCUCCCAGUAUUUCUUCAGGCUUCCCUGACAAUUCGUUGGGACCAAUUUAUACUUUUGGAUAGAGAGAGGCACCAUGAGAAUGAAGUGUUGUACCCAAGAACAUAACACAUUGACCCAGUCAAGUCUUGAACCCAGACCUCUCGACCUGGGGCCCAGUACACUGACCAAUGGUCCUUAGCAUCUCUCCAGACUCUGAGUCAAAAGAUCCAUGUUGACCCCCCAAUUGGUCACUGUUUCAUGUUCCUAGGCAAAGUGGUUUCCUAUCACAAUGUCCCUAUCCACUCAGGGAAAAAUGACAAGCUUUUACAGUACCUCUUUACAUGCAAAAAAUAAUGAAGCCUGCAGAACAGGCCUUAUUUUAUGAAAGCAAGUGCUUAAAGUAUUUUCUCAGUGAAAACUAAAGCUGCCAUCUUUGAUUUUUACAGUAGAGGAAGGCUGGAGUAAGAAAGAAAUUUGUACCAAGGGGGCUCUGGCAGUUUGCACCACAUCCCCCACAAGGCUUAAGCAACCUUCAAAGUAUGAUCAUAAUAGUUUAUAUAUAGAUGUGAUAAUAAAGAGAAUGCAUGGUGAAUGGCUGAUGUAUUUUUCUUUGUUUUUCACAGGUUAGCAUCUACAUGCCAUCCCUCACAGUUGUUAAGAACGUAAUUGAACGAAUGAAGAACCUCAGCAAUUUUUUGGUAAAUUUUGAUUUUACACUUUUCAAGUAACUGCACUAUUUAUGUUUUAAAUUCUCGAUUGAAAAAACCUUCAGGGUUUUCUUGUCAUAGAUAAAAGGGACAUCUGAUUGAGGUCUUGAGUUGCUGUUUUUCUUUUUCAUUCCAAACUUUUGCCAAUGUACGUCAUUGUAAGGGAAUUACUUUCGACGCUCACUUAAAAAUAGUUCUAUUUAAUAAGUCCAUUAAUUUUUGUACUUGUUUUUGUUAGAUUCUUGCAGCGAAUCAAAAUGGUUACAUGACUCUUGGAAUCGACACGGACUUAGCAUCUGUCACAACACAUUUCAAGAAUUUGGACACACCUACGUGGGGUCAAUAAUUUUUUUGUUUACCGAUUGAGUAGGAUAUUUUGCUCAGUUAUCAAAUAAAGAGAGUUGUUGACUCAAAACAGUGGUCAAACGUUUGCCCAUGUGCAAACGCGUUAAUGGCGAGGGCAUGACGAGAUAAACCGGUGAGGUGGCGUAUUUGCAGGGUUUCAAAACCAAGUUGUCUUGUAAGAGGUAUAGACAUACACACAAACCAGUGAGUCACGGUGUUUUAAAUGGAGGAAUUGUGGGUUGUGUGUGUAUUUAUUCGCUCUGACGAAGGGCUAACGCUCAAAAGGUCAGCUUUGAAAGUCUUUACGGUGACCAAUUUAUGAUACCAACUCAGAUGAUAAUACUAAAUUACCUUGUUAUACUCUCCCACCGACCCAACACUACAUUUUCUUUAGAAGCCUAUCCCCUUUAUCCUACUAAGAAACCCUGCUCUACCCCCUCCCUUGGAUACUUUCCUGCUAUAUCUGUUUUACUACCCUUGUGUACCACAAACUGCACCUUGUAAACUUCAGUUUUUCAAACAUUUACAGGUGACACAUCGUCUCAACAGCGGAACCGGGAUCCUGACAAGAUGGCAGAGGCAAGGGUUGAUGUUAAGAAACUCGCCACCUUUCUACACAGUCAGCAAGUUAGUCCAAACCGCGUCAUCUGCAGUAAGUAAAGAUCUUUUUAGAGCGCUUUUUGCUUAAUCUUCGUAAACCAUACCCACAGCAUAACCACACAUAACCACACAUAACCACAGCGGCUAAUCAGAAGGAAGGGAAAUAUCUGUUGUCCAUGUGAACUCGAAGUUAAAACAUGUAACCUGGGCCUCAUUGCCAGAAAAUGCGAGUGACCUGGACCUAGUUGUUCAAGUUUAUUAUGAUUGUUUCUAAAGCCAAAUAGCUUGCAAGAAGGCCCUCACUAUACAAGAUGCGCGUUUCUCCACCUGCGGGGAGAUUUGAGACGAGUUGAGGAGAGGUUUGCCAGGGGUCUGGCGCUAAUUAUCAGCGCUAGACCCCUUGCAGACCUUUCGUGGGCUCGUGUUGCUCCAAGCCUCGUACGUUCUCGCUGGUGAAGAAACACUCGUGCCUAAGCGUUGAUAAUAAUGGGCUAUUACAAGGGCUUGCUUGCAGCUAACGGCCAGUUGAAAACCUCUCUUCAAAUCAAUCUUCCUCAGCUAGGGCAAAAUCAUCUCACUGCUGAAAGGGUGUUGUUCCAUUGUGUUGUUUCAGGGGUUUACUUGCUCCCCUUGAAAGUAGCACAGUACUAUGACCUCACAUUGUGUAAAACGCUGCUGCAGCUUUGUAAAUCUAAACCAUAAAAUGCCAAAAUGUCUGAUUUCAAGUUCGACCAAUUUAAAAUUUCAAUCUUAUCUUUUUUAAUAGUUUCAUGUCAGAUUGUUGUACCAGCACUGGUUGCUUCUGAGUUGUUCUCUUGUUCAUCGGACUUGAUGCAGGGGGGGGGCAACUUGAGUCAAUUUUUACUGGUUAUGUGCCGCUGGCCUCUCAGAACUCCUACCCAUUAUACUCUAUUAUUUAGUCAAUUAAAGACUCCAUCUUGAUAACAUUUGCGAAUAUGGUUCAACUUCUUAACCGCUAAUCUUCACAUUUUUUUGAUCCCUACCUGCCAGAAUUUUCUAGCCCUCAAAGUGUCGAAAUUCUAUGACCUUAUUGUAGAAACCAUAUUGAAAAUGCAACCCCAUUAUAAUCAAUUCAGUCGUGAAAAUGCCACCCAAUUCAGUGGCACAUCCCCGUCAGCCUAUUACGAGGAAUCCCUCCCCCGGGGGGCGCAUCUCCUGUCAGAUAGCGGUUAUAAUAUUUGCUUUGUUUACUUUUCCACAUCAGAUAUUGUGCAUGGGAAGGCGGUCCAGUUUCUUCUACUUCACGAGGAUCUUUCUCUUCAGUAUGUUAUUCCAGCGGUUUCUCUCUGAUACUCGAACGAAAUGUCGCGGUUCGUACUUCGCGGUUCGUACUUCAUGGCAUGACAAGGCGCUCAGAUCUCACUGAGGCAUCUGGCACUGGACAUGACCUUUAUUCGUUUGAAAAGAGUUCAUAAAACAACCAGUUUGAAUUGUUUGGUUAUUGCAUUUGCCAGAACACACCACAUGAAGCUUUACAUUCGUUUCAGGCGUUUAACUUUCGCUUUCUCUACGCUCAGCAGUGUUGCAUGUAUUUGAGUUUGGUGUGGCUCAAAAAACUGAAAAGUACGAGAAAGACUGCAAAACUCGCUAUCUUUACGCCCAGCAGUGUUUGCAUGUAUUUGAGUUUGGUGCG